AUGCCGCCUAAGAAGGGUACAAAGAUGACGCUCAACGAUUUCUUGGCCGACGAGACCACCGGCAAGACUUCCUGGGCCGACGAGAUGGACGACCUUCCCAUCUCGUCUGUUCCUCGCGACACCGGCUACCGACGUGGAGGCGACUUCCUCUCCAGCGUUCCCGACCGCGUCGACCGCGACCGUGGCUUCGAGCGCCCUGAGCGAAGCUACCCGCCCCGCGAAGAGCUUCCUCUCCCCGACAAGCCCCCCUUCACCGCCUUUGUCGGAAACCUCUCCUUCGACGUCAUGGAGGCCGACGUGGAGGACUUCUUCGCUCCUUCCAAGACUGUCAGCGUCCGCAUCGUCACCGGUCAUGACGGCAAGCCCAAAGGCUUCGGCUACGUCGAGUUCCAGACCCAGGACGAUCUCCGUGCUGCCCUUGACCGAAGCGGCUCCCAGCUCGCCAGCAGAACCGUUCGCAUCAGCGUCGCCGAGCCUCCCAAGAGCGCCUUUGGUGGUGAUCGCCCCAUUCACUCAAGCCAGGCUGACGAUGCUUCCCAGUGGCGUCGCGCUGGCCCACUCCCCCCCGCAGAGCCUCGUGGUGGCUUUGCCCCUCGCCCUGAGCGAUCCGGCGUGCCCCGCACCGAGGGCUCUGGCUUCGACAACAUGGACGUCAGCGCCGGCGUUCGAAGCGGUUUCGGCGCCAAAUUCCAGACCGCUCCUCCUUCCAAUCGCUCUCCACGCGAUCUUGCACCUGCUGAGCCCAGCCAGGGCGACCUAGCCAGUCAGUGGAGGACCGGUAAGCCUGUCGAGGGCCGAUCCCCCGCCAACUCGCGUCGCCCUUCCGGCAUGGCCGACUCGGACUCGCGACCAUCCUCCUUCCGUCAGCGCAACGAUGCCCAUGACGUCGACGAGCGCUUCGCAUCUCAAGAGCGCAUGGGCUUUGGUUCCAAGUUCGUCGCCGACCAGACUCCUCCCGAGAGCCCCGGCAAUGCAAAGAAGGGUUUCGGUUUCGGUGCUGCCGACCGACGUGGCAGCGGUCAGCCUGCCUCUGCGGCCGGUGUCGCUUCAGACUCGACCGACAACUGGCGUUCUGCCAAGAAGCCUAGCUCGGGCUCUUCCAGCCCAGCGCCAUCUGCUGCCGCUCCGGCCGAGCGCAAGAAGCUCGACUUGAAGCCUCGCUCCGCUGAGACCGCUGCCGCUGCCAGCGCUGCCACCAGCAGCUCCAAGCCAAGCCCCUUCGGCAAUGCCAAGCCCAUCGACGCGUCCGAACGCGAGCGACAGAUCGAGCAGAAGCUCUCGCAGCGUGAAAAGGAGAGGCAAGAGGAACUCAGAAUCAAGAAGGAGAAGGCCAAGGCGGACAAGGAGAAGAAGGACAAGGCGGACAAGGCGGACAAAGCGGACACGGCAGACACGGCCGCUGCCACCGCCGACAACACACAGUCUGACGCUGCCGAUGCUGCUACCCCUGCUGCAGAGGACGCUGCAACGGCAUCUGCCAAGGCACCUCGCGCUGCCCCGCCUGUCGGCGCUUGGGGCGGAGGACGUAAGCCUUCCGGUGCACUCGUUGGCGACGAGCAGAGCCCCGCUGCAGGCAAGAGCGAUGAGGACAAGACCGCCGAAGCUCAGGUAGACGAGGUUGCCGAAAAGGUUCAAGAGACCAAGAUUGAGGCUUGA